CGCUGUUGGAUAUUGGCAUUGAUAAAUGAUGGAUAGCUACACAAACUAUCUGAAGAGGUGAUGAAAAACAUUCCUUGAAAACUUACAUACAUAGGUAUCCCCGACGUUUGCUCACAACGCCCUGGCCAAAACAGCUAUACAAAGCAGAUGCCGAUCCCGAUACCAAUAUACAUACAAAUACAAACCCCAAUAUCAAUACAGAGCACAACGCCAACACACAUAUUGAUAUAAAUAAAAAUACAGCAGUACACAUCUUCUGUUACCUCGGACUGUACCUCACCGAACUAGUCUCCACUGUCGUCGUCGGAACUCCUCCUGGAGGAUCAUCAUCCAUGUCGAACUUCGAGCAGCAACAAGAUCUGCCAUCCGAGCAGCACGCCCCCAUAUUGCUCGAGAAGCAACACCCAUUCGUAUCAGAGCAACAACAACCCUCGCGAUCGCUGCAAAAGAACCCCCCACGAUCCCCCCAGCAGCACCCGUCGCGGUCGGAGAACACGCAGCCGCCGCGGCUCGAGAAGCAGCACCCCUCCGAGUCGGAGCAGCAGCAGCCCGAGGAGCUGUCGGCGGCGGCGUGGCUCUGGCCCCAGUGGUCGUAGCGGUCGAUGUUGGAGGCGCUCAUGGGGGUUGUAAGGAGGUAGCCUUGGGUGUUGAUGCUGGUGCGGCCGUCGCGGCCUGUGAAGAGGGAUGGGAGGGAGGAAUUGCUGUUGGAUGCAUGUUGGGAGGAUCGGACGGCGACGCGGAUGUGUGCGUCGCUUGGUCUGCGGAGCGUGGAUGCCUCAUACGAGGGCGGGAGAUCGCUGUCGUCGGUCCGGAGCAGACGGCCGGCAUCGCGAGGCCGGGGAGGAAGAAGCGGCGGCGGCGUCGGAGGCGCUUCGGCUCUCCUCGGCACGAACUUGUCGCUAUUCACGGCAUUCAUUUGAGAGUGUCUGAUGUGGUGAUUUCAAAUUACAGAGAAGAGAAAGAAGAAAGGGUAAAGCAGGAAGAGGAGGAACCGGCAGUUUUGGGCCAAAUCAUGUGGAAACGAGAAUUAAACUUCAACGCAAUACCCCACGAACCCGGGAGCUCGGGAGCUGCGUGCGUGGCGAGAAAAGCUGGGCCAUAACGCGGGAAAGCUAGUUGUUCGCUGGCGAUUAUUUUUUUGGGGGGUCAUUUCAACACGUGCUGACG